AUGCCGAAGAACAAGGGAAAGGGAGGAAAGAAUCGCAAGCGAGGAAAGAACGAAGCUGACGACGAGAAGCGAGAGCUCGUCUUCAAGGAAGACGGUCAAGAAUACGCUCAGGUCCUCCGCAUGCUCGGUAACGGUCGAUGCGAAGCCAUGUGCAUCGACGGAACGAAACGUCUCUGUCAUAUCCGUGGGAAGAUGCACAAGAAAGUUUGGAUCGCUGCUGGGGAUAUUAUUCUUGUUGGACUGAGGGAUUAUCAGGAUGAUAAGGCGGAUGUUAUUCUGAAGUAUAUGCCGGAUGAAGCGAGGCUGCUUAAGGCGUAUGGGGAGCUGCCGGAUAAUACGAGGCUUAAUGAAGGGAUUGGAGGUGGGCUGGAUGAGGAAGAUGAUGGAGAUGGGAAUGAUUAUAUCGAGUUUGAGGAUGAAGAUAUUGAUAAGAUUUAA